CCGCAUAAAGUACUCAUAGUUCUGUCGAUCGUCGGGAGGUAGAGACGUUUAAGCUGUCUAGUUCUGCAAAAUGCGGUUCCACCUAGAACUAUCUAUUAUUCUACUCGGCUUUCUUUUCGUUUACCAAGGGUUCUGUCACACGUUGCCUGAGAAAAAGAUACGAACUACCCGCGACACAAUUAAUAUACCGACUCACUUGUUCAAGCCCUUGGGGGAGACUUCUGAAAAUGAAGAUAAUUCCAACAGACAUGGCAACGGAACCAUUGCCGAUCCGGAUGACAACGUUAAGCUUUUAGAGAGAUCUAGCGGAGGUGUGGAGACAAUUUCCGAAGAAGAUGAGGAGCAAGAAGACGAUGAUCGUUUUAGUUACAUUCCUCCCCGCCAGCGAUUUCCGCCAAAUUCGCGAAUGGGAUUAGCAGUUCCAGAUUUUUCCCCAAUACCCAGCAUCGAUGUUGACCCCAGAGUUCCAUAUUCCUCGCGUCCUGUUUUUGGUGGCAACUCCUGGUCCUCGAAUAAUGAGAUACCCAGACCGAUACGCCCUGCCAUCCCAAGUUCCUUAACUCCCUUGUAUGCCGGUAGCCAAAAUGAAGGUCCUUCCCCGGGUUUCUUCGGAUCGUCGAACAUUCAACGAGGAAGAACAUUUUUCAGACCAAAUAAUCCCCAAGAAGGUUCUUUUUACUCGCCGAAUGGCCCCGGAGGAGGCUCUAUAUCCUCGUCGAUGGGUCCUUUGAGCUCUUCGAACAAUUUCUUCCGCUCGGAGUCGUAUAGUUACACCUCUGAUGGCAAUGGACCUCCGCAAGUCGAGCGGAAUGUCUAUGAUUCGCGAAACGGCAAUGGCUUUGGAUCAUCAGUGAGGCGCAACUUUUAGACUUUGCAUAUAUGUAUGUAAUUUCAGCGCAUCUUCUAUACCUAGUAUGCACAUUUAUAUUUAUUACUUUAUAAUAAAAUCCAUUCAGCUCUCA